AGUAAUUAAAAGAUGCGUAUCCUAAAGUUUGGAUUUUUCUUUAUCCUAAUGUUGAAGGCAAAGCUUAGCUUAAGAGAUGGAGAAAAUCAGAAGAUGUUAAUCAAUCAGGAUCCUCUGAUGAACAUAAGUCACACUUUGCCACUGUACCCACUUAGUAGCAUUAAUGAUGAUAAAAACGAAAGAUUAGAUGCAGCAGAAAACAGAGGAGUUGGCUUCUGUCCAGAAAAGAGCUCCCCCUCUUUCCUUCUCUCUUGAUAUCUCAAUAAUCUAAAAGCUCUUUCUUUUACUUUUCAUUGGAGCAUUCACGAGACCCCCAUGAAGUUUCUGCUUUGAAUUCAUCUAUAUUUCCACUGCCAAACGACCUAGUCUCUUGAUCCUGCCGUGAAAAUCUCUCUUCUCCUUGUUUUUUUGCUACAGUAACACCCCUGCAUUUUCAUGAAUUGUCUUCUUUUCUUUGCUUUUCAGCUAUUCAUGCCAUGAAUCCUCAUAACCUUUCUUUGUUUGGUCCUUGUCUUUAUUGGUAGUUAUCAUCUGUUGACAAAUUUUCAGCAUGGAAAGUUGUCAUUUGGCUGGUUUUUUCAUGCGCUAAAGAACUUUGAUGAGCGUGUUUUCUUUGUUGUGUGCAUGACUGUUUCUUGUACUGGUUUUGAUCAGUUCAUGAAAAUCCAUUUUUCCUUUUCAAUUUUCUGCAGAACCCAUGUUUCUGAAUCAGUUCAUGCACUUUCUAAAAUCAAUCCACACUUUCAGGAGGAAAGCUCCUUUUGAUUGUUUGAUUUGACACCUUUUCUUUUUUUCUUAAUCAUAUCUUUGGCAGUCAUAUCAAACACAACAAGAGAGGUUCUUCAAUGGCGAGUUCAUGUUUCCAUGCAUUUCGUCUUCGAAGACCGAAGAGCAAAACAUUAACAAUUCCUUCCUCAUCAAAAUCCCAUUUGAAUUCUGAAAUGGAGAGCUUGGAGAGGAAGAGAUUUGACAGCAUGGAGUCAUGGUCAAUGAUACUGGAAUCUGAGAAUGUAGAGACUUGGGAGGCUUCAAAGGAGGACCAAGAGGAAUGGACUGCUGACCUUUCACAGUUAUUUAUAGGCAACAAGUUUGCCUCUGGAGCUCAUAGUAGGAUUUAUCGUGGAAUUUACAAGCAGAGAGCUGUUGCUGUCAAAAUGGUGAGGAUUCCAAACCAGAAGGACGAGACUAAAACUUUGCUUGAGCAGCAAUUCAAAUGUGAAGUUGCUUUGCUGUCGCGUCUCUUUCAUCCCAAUAUAGUCCAGUUCAUUGCAGCUUGUAAAAAGCCACCUGUGUACUGUAUCAUCACAGAAUACAUGUCACAAGGAACUCUGAGGAUGUAUCUCAACAAGAAAGAGCCAUACUCGCUUUCAACAGAAACAAUACUGAGAUUAGCUCUUGAUAUAUCAAGAGGAAUGGAGUAUCUUCAUUCACAGGGAGUCAUCCACAGAGACCUGAAAUCAAAUAAUUUGCUUCUGAAUGAUGAAAUGAGGGUUAAGGUUGCUGAUUUCGGCACAUCAUGUCUAGAAACACAGUGCCAAGAAACCAAAGGGAACAAGGGAACCUACCGCUGGAUGGCACCUGAGAUGAUCAAGGAGAAACAUUGCAGUCGGAAAGUUGAUGUGUAUAGUUUUGGUAUUGUGUUAUGGGAGCUAACUACAGCUUUGCUUCCCUUUCAAGGAAUGACCCCUGUCCAAGCUGCAUUUGCUGUAGCCGAGAAGAAUGAGCGGCCUCCACUGCCAGCAAGUUGUCAGCCAGCACUUGCACAUUUGAUAAAGCGCUGUUGGGCAGCUAACCCAUCCAAGCGACCAGAUUUUAGUUACAUUGUUUCUGCUUUGGAGAAGUACGACGAGUGCGUCAAAGAAGGCCUUCCUCUCGCUUCGCACUCAGGGCUUGUCAGCCGGAAUGCCAUUCUGGAACGCUUGAAAGGCUGCGCAUCCAUGAGCUCAUCUGUACCUGUACAUGCCUAACUCCAAUUCAAGCAGGUGAAAUGUUAGGCAGGCUGGACCUGUUGUGGAUUCUCCACAGCAAGGAAGAAAGACUGCAUUAUCCAAUAGGGAAGAGGAGGACCCAAAAAGGCCCAUCCCACAAGCAAUCAUCUUGAAAAGAGCUGUAAAUACAUGGUGUCUGUGUCUCCCAAAAAGAAAGAAAUUUUCAAAUUUCAAUCAUGGAUGAAUAUGAUAGCUAGCAAUCCAGUUAGAGGAAUCUCCACCUAAUGCCACCAUUUUUCAACCUUAAUUAUUGAUCAUCAUAAAAGUUAGGGUUAGCCCUAAAUCACGAUAGAAGAGUAUCUAUCACGUGUAUGCCUCAUCCAAUUAGACAUAAAAAUUGUGCUAACUAGCUAUUGCUUUUUUGUUGCCCUUUCUCUCUUUUGUUUUUCUCCAUGAUUCUCCCUCCAACAGUCGUCCAUGGUAACAUCAUCCAAGCAGUUUUUAGUUGUUCUCCAUUUAUAUUGGAUAAUUUUAUAUCAUAUCACCUCUAUAUCU